UUUUUGUUUUUAAUGGGAAAACUUUAGUGGCACCUUAAUCCUAAUCCUCCUAAAUCAUUGAGACCACCUUACCAGCUCAUGUGAUACAGUCUGUCAAACAUCUAUGUUUCUGCUUUUUUCUGUGGAAAACUACUUCUUCUUCUUCCUAAAGUUCAACUAGCUUUCCUUCUUUUCCUGGAGUUGUUGCCAACCAAAUUAUUCCUCUCACCACAUACACUUUCUUUAUCUCUUUCUCUACCUCAACUUCUCCAAACACUCUGAAGGUGAUCAUGGCUACUGAGACUGCUGCAUCUGCUACUGAUCAGCAAUACGUGAAGAAGGAAAAGGACGAAGGCAUUGCACAAAUGAUUGCUUCUUUAGCCAAUGAAGAUGAAGUCAAGCAUGAGAAGCCUGAGGACACUUCUUCAAAUAAGACAGAAGAUAAGGUGACGGCAGAGCUUGCUUCAGUUGAGGUAGAAAAAUCUGACGAUUCCCCAGCUCUAGAGGCUUCUGCUGAAGAUGGUCUGAACCAUGACAAGGUUGAGGAUGCACAAAGUUCAACACCAACUGCAACAGAAGAUGUUGAUCACCAGGUUGAGCCUGCUAUUGCAGUAGAAAGCACUGAAAAUUCACUGCCAUCAGAUGCAACUAUUGCCGCCGAAGAUAAACUAAAGGAGGAGAAGGAAGUGGUUCCGGCCUCGGACACUAUCAGUGAUAUUGAACCAGUUCACGAUGCAGCCAAUUCCCAGCCAGUUGUGGCACCAUCCACAGAACCCAGUGUGGAAGAAACACCAGCACAGCAACUAGAAAAUGAAUCUGUGGAAACAGAUGAGGAGAAACAAGCGCAACCCAAGACAGACGACACUAAUCCUCCGGCAGAAUCAGAAGGAGAGCUGGUGAAAGAGGCUCAAGUUUUGGAAGACAAGGUUGUGCCUGAAGCUGUACAAGUGGGAGAAAAAACAGAAGAAGCAGAAAAAGAAUUGCAUGAGGCUGAGCAACCAAGCACAAUUGCAGUACCUGAACAAACAGCUGAUGCCGAAGAGAAACCGAGUGAUACCGUAGAGGGAAAAGCAACGGGACCCUCAGAAGAUGUAGUGGAAGAGAUCAAUAACUUUGAAACGGGAGCCACGGUAACAGUGGAUGCAGAACCUGUGGUUACUGAAGUGAAUGGAAACCAGAAAGAACCAGAGAAGCAAUCAUUGGAACCAAGGGAAGAGGAGAAACCAGAUACAUCUGCAAUUCCUGAACAAUCAGCAGAAAAAAGUGAUGCCAUGGAGGAAAAAACAAGAGAACUAGAUUUUGAGGCAGAGGUGUUGAAAGAGACUAACAACUUUGAGACAGAGAAAGCAGAGCCAUCGGCCGCUAAAGUUGAUGAAAGCCACAGUGAAACAGAGAAAGCAGAGCCGGUGGCUGCGAAAGUUGAUGAAAGUCAAACUGAACCAGAAAAACUAGAGGAAGAAGAGCAGCCUAAGACAGCUGUUCCCGAAGAAGAAGCUGAAAAUGCGGAGCAACAAGGCAGUGCUGAGAAGGUGAAAGAGACUGGCAACUCAGAGUCAGACGCAGUUCCUGAAAAAAUAGAGAAACCAGAGCCUCUGUCAAUUGAAGUGGAGGAGACGUCAAGAGAACAAUUACAAGCAAAUGAGGAAGUUGCGGAAGAUUUUAAGGAUGUGGAGACUGAGAAGGAAAUUGUGAUUGAGACAGCCAAGACUGAAGGAACAUCAGAUGACCUGAUCAAGGAAGAGAAAGCUGACAAAGAGGAGGAAACUACCCUCACUGUAAAUGCUGCACAGGUUUCAGCAAAUGAGGAACCUCAAUCAAAUAUUGUGGAACCUUCUCCUGAAGCUGUGCUUGGGAGUUCCAAGAGUGAAGGAACUUCAGAUGACACGGUCAAGGAAGAGAAAACUGACAAAGAGGAGGAAACUGGACUCACUGGAAAUGCAGCACAAGUCUCAUCACAUGAGGAACCUUUAGCAAAUCUUGUGGAACCUUCUCCUGAAAUUGUGCUUCAGAUCCCCAAGAGUGAAGGAACUUCAGAUGACACGAUCAAGGAAGAGAAAACUGAAAAAGAGGAGGAAACUAGCCACAUUGAAAAUGCUGCACAAGUUUCAUCGAAUGAAGAACCUCAAGCAAAUAUUGUGGAACCUUCUCUUGUAGUAGCAGAAAAGGUUGUUGAAGAGGAUGACAAUAAAGAACCUCAAGCAAAUAUUGUGAAAACUGAAAAAGAGGAGGAAACUAGCCACACUGAAAAUGCAACACAAGUAUCAUCUAAUGAAGAACCUCAAGCAAAUACUGUGGAACCUUCUCCUGUAGUAGCAGAAAAGGUUGUUGAAGAGGAUGACAAUAAAGAACCUCAAGCAAAUAUUGUGAAAACUGACAAAGAGGAGGAAACUGGCCACACUGAAAAUGCUCCACAAGUUUCAUCAAAUGAAGAACCUCAAGCAAAUAUUGUGGAACCUUCUCCUGAAGUAGCAGAAAAGGUUAUUGAAGAGGACAACAGUAAAGAGUCAAGCAUUACUGAUGCGAUUGAAGGGGUACCAAAUGAAGUGGCUAGCAUCGUAAAAAGUCCAGAACCAGCCUCAGUUGAUCAGGGAGCUGAAGCUAUCUUAAAAGAAGAAAGGGAGUAUUCUAUUCCAGCUGAUGUGGAAGAAAAGGUUGCCGUUGCCGCAAAUGAUGAUGACAAAAAGGAACCUGAAGCACCUAAUGCUGUCACUGGAUCUUCAACAGAGGAAGAGGCUGAAAGCAGAAAGGUUGAGGAACAGAAUGAGGCAAAGACAGCAACAACUGAAGUAGCAGAGAGUGUGAAGGAGGAGGAUGUAAGAGGUGAUGAUGAUGGCUCAGUAGUUGAUGACAAGAAGGAAGGGAACAGUGACGCAAAGGUAGAAGAAAUCUCUAGAGCUGUAAGUGAACCUGUUAGAGAAACCUUGGCAUCCAAAUUUGAAGAAAAAGAAGAAGAAUAUGUUGAACCUGGAGUCAACAAGUUAGAGAAAGAACAAACUGUGGAGCCUGAGAAAACUGAGGUUCAAGUCACCAAGCAAAGUGACGCAAUAAAAACAUCCAAGGACCUUCCAAAAGAAACUCCAGCCAAGCCAGCUCAAAAGCAAUCAAAUAACAUUAUAUCAAAGGUUAAACAGUCACUGGUGAAAGCAAAGAAAGCUAUCACUGGCAAAUCUCCUUCCUCCAAGAACCUUUCCUCGGAGGCCAAGGGCGACAUUAAAGUCAAAUAAUGGAACUGAGUGAACAAGUUUGCAGCAUUUACGUAUUUGCUUUAUUUUUCAUUAUCGUGGUGCAUAGCAUUAUAGCGUAUAAGUUGGUUUUUAUACAUCGUAAUUUUCACUUGAAUUUGUUUGAAUGCCAAAAGGUGUGCAGAGUGUAGUGUAUAUAGAAGAUGAUCUAGGCCGUGAUUAGGCAAUGGUGUAAAAUUUGAUUGUUUUGUUCUGUAUUAUUCUUUUGGAUAGUUUGCAUUGUGUUUUUGUUUGCAGCUGAUAAACGAGGAAAGCAAUUUUAACUUAUUGUGUAAAGUUUACAUGUUUGUACGUUUUGUAAAAAGACCUCAUAAUGAUCUAGUAUUGAUUGUUUAUUACAAAA